GUCUAAUUAGCGGCUAUGUUAGCAUAAAAGAGAGCCCCUCACAAACUUGAACACAGUUGCAAUCUCACGCCCAUGAACUGUUAUGGAACGUACAAGCAAAUUUGUCAAUGAAGGUGGACAGACUUAUUUUGAAGGAAAGCGAUUUAGCGACUUUUGUUUAAAGAUCGUGGGUGAAGUACACAAUCCACACACCAAAGGCAGAGAUGAGCAUGUAUUAUCUGGAGAGGGACAGUGGCUUGUAAGCGCAACCGGUUUUGUGUUCUCUUCCCAAUAUACGAGGUAAUAUGAAUGCUUCGUUUCAUGUUGUUGGUAAGAUCAUUCAAUCAUUUGUGCAAUGUAUGAACAAGGUCCAAUGAUUUUUUUUUGUUUGUAGAGAGAUUACGCUGACUGCCAGUUGCUUUGACGGGAAAAGGCAAUUGCUUGAUUCACUGAGGUCAAAGUUUCCUGGAGGAACUAUGAACUUGGAGAGCCAUGUCAGCAACAGCAUGAUCUUGACAUACUGGCAAUCGCUUUUGGAAGAUUAUAGGAAUGUCUUCAACGAAACCGAUGACGCUACAGCGAGAGUGGUCUAUGGCACAUCACAUUUUGGUCAUCAAAACAUUCCAAAUUCCAGUAAUUAUUGGUUUCUUGAGCCUGGGGUAAGUAUUCGACGUAUAUUAUUAUUUGUAUUUAAAGAUAAUAGCCGGGUUAGCGUAUUUUAACCUUGUAUAUAACGAAUGCAUGUGGCAGGCAUUUACUGCAUGAUGACUAAUGUUUUCAAUAUUAAAAAAGUCAAGCGUGACAAGCGUGUAUAUUCUUGCAGCUAUAUCCAACAUCGCGAAAGUCGAGAGGAUUAUAUUUCAUAUACGAAGAUCGUAAGAAAAAUGCUUCCAAAUUUGUAGGCCUAAAACUCGGUACUUCAUAAAUAAAUUUCAUCAGCCUAUAUUCGAAAAAACAUUGCGGAACAAAUUGCGUCCAUUAACCAACAUAUGUACCGGACCUCCAUUGUUGAGAAAUUUUGAGUUGGGGACAAACGCAAAGGUAUAUAUAAUCUCAUGCCUAUGGCUAUAGCUAUAAUCACAAAAAAUUAGGUCAUAUAGCUAUGCCACUGGUUUCUCAAUAUUUCUCUUAGUUGUCGGUGUUUUAAUAUAACGGAGAUCCAGGUACUUAUUUAACGAAAACUCUGCCAUGGCGGCGCUUUCCGAGAGAUUUCCUUUUUGCACGCGCCGUAAUUCCGCGAUAUCAGUUUUGGUUAAAUAAAACAUCAAGAUUUAAGAGUUUCCAUACUUCCAUUAUAUAAUAAAACAAAGAGGAACAUAAAGAAACACAUCACAGGCAACAUAGUUGGUCUAAGGUUGGUCUAAGUGUGAAUUAGCUAGCGAACACCACUGGGUAACUAAAUCGGUACCGCAGUGUGACCAGAUUUUUUCAGCAGUCAUUAGGGUGUUUCGAGAACGAAGACCUAUAUACGAAAACGAAGACCUAAGAUGGGUCUUCGGUCUUCGCAAUUACGAAAACGAAGACUCGUCCUUGUUUUCGUACUACGACUAUGAAAACGCAAUAUUCUAAAAUAUUCAUUUACAUUGUUUUUGCGAAAAUAAGCGUAAAAGUGUCGCGAAAUCGGAAAUUAUACAAGGCAAAUUAUUUAUUUUAUUAAUAUUAAUAUUUAACUUAAUGUUUAUAUUUGGUAGUUACGUAUUACCUCUCAGUUUUAUCACAGAGUACUUACAUACAGAGGUCUCACUUCUGUGGUAAAACCGUAAUAAUUAAAAAAGGUACUGUAGUUUUUACCAAAAUAGCUGGUGGCCAUGGAAGAUUAAAUUUCAAUAUGUUUUCAGGGGUUGACAGCCUCUCGUUAGGGCACUUCCUAAGAACAUGCUGGACUGAGAAAAAAAACCCUUACACUAAGUUAACCUGAAUCACUGAGACAUCUGUGUGUACGUACUGUGGUCUGUGGUUCUGUUGACCGUUGUCGGUAUUACUGAUUCAAACUGAUUUGCCCAGGCAUUGACAAUAGUACAGCAAAUGCUUAUAUACAUGUGGAAUAUUGCUAAAUUAUUUAGCUAUUUUUUACCUGUCUGAUUUUUACCAUAUGAGUGGUUUGCUGGUUUAGGUUUCUAGUGAUUCUAUUUUUAUUGCCUGAAUCGUAUUUUCCUUACAUCAUAUAUUAUAUAAUACCUUAUUAAAUUCUAAUCGUUUAAUUGGCUGUUUAUGGUCACGUGAUAUUGAAUAGAAAAUUCCAUUUCCCAAGAGUGCAAUGGAACACGUUCCAUUGCACUCUCCGCGAGUGCAAUGGAAUAAAACGUAUAGUACAAUUGCACUCUUUGUGUUUUCGAUAAAUCGCAUCCCUCAAAAUGCUUGUCAUACGAAUCUAUUAGUCUGUUCUGGACUUUUGGUAUUAUAUAAAACAAAUAAUGAAUGUUUAUGAGCGCAAUGGUAAGAAUAUUUUCACUCGGUGAAAGAUGGAAAGUUCCAUUCAACUCGGCUGUCGCCUCGUUGAAUGGAACAUUCCAUCUUUCACCUCAUGAAAAUAUUCUUACCAUUGCACUCAUAAACAUUCAUUAUUUGUAUACUAUAUAACAUGAUUUGCGUAAUAUAAAUAUUAAAUUAAUAUUUAUUAUUAGACUUAUUAUUAUUAUUAUUAUUCCUUAAUUUUUUCCACAUUUUAUAGGAAAUUUUUGGCAACACUUUUACGAAAAUAACGUAGUUAUAAAUGAAUAUUUUAUGGUCAUCGUUUUCGUAAUUACGAAGGCCGAAGGGCGAAGACCCACAAUAAUGCCAAAAAACAAUACUAGAAUAGUUGUGUCAUGAAAGUAGAAAAAAUAUGCACAAAAAGGUAUCUCGAAAUACUUGUUGCUUUCAUUGCAUUGCAGUUUUUGCUGAUGAUAAGGCUUUACUUCUUGGGCUUGCCAGUUCUGUUUAUCACUUUGAGCAUGUUAUUAGUAUAGGUAAUCAUGUGAUGGCGAGUACAAUUAGGGAUUAAUAGUGCGAGUGAUGUUUGAAAUUUUGCCAAAAUUCCAAUUUGGCAAAUUUCCAAACAUCAGGAGUACUAUUAAUCCCUAAUUGUACGAGCAACAUUGCAUGUUUACUUGUUUAUUAUUAGCAUGACAAAAUUGGAUACUUUUCAAUGUCAACAUCAUAUUCUCUCGCCAAAGCACAGUCCUGCAAGACUUUCAACCAAAAUUUGGUGCUUUUGUUCGUAUUUUCAUUUAGUUCUUUUGUUACCAAAAUGAUUGUUAAUAAUUAAAACCUUUCAGAUUUUACAUAGGCAGCCCAAAACUGUGUGUAGAAUGCACCAAAUGCUUCCAAAUGCCAAUUUAUAUUAAGCUCGCCCCAUUCCUCUGUCAUUUGUCCUGCACCGCAGGCACUCAAUGAAAAGCAUUGUUCAUAUAUAUGCAUUAUACUGAAAAGUAUAAUGCUUAGCCUUAGGUAUAAUAUAUAUAUAUGAACAAUGCUUUUCAUUGAGUGAUUGCGCCUUGCGGUGCACGACAAAUGACAGGGGAAUGGGGCGAGCUUAAUAUAAGUAGGCAUUUGGAAGCAUUUGGUGCAUUCUACACACAGUUUUGGGCUUCUAUGGAUUUUACCAAAAUUUUACCAAAAAAUGAAAAACUCGAUCAUAUUCAUUACAAAAUUUUCUUGAAGAUUCACGAAAUUUUACCAAAAGUAAAACGUUUUACCAAAUCUGGUCACAUUGUCCGUGAGUUAGUUCAAUUAAUUAUGCCUAGUUAGUAAAAAUAUUAGCGUUAAAAACAUGAGACGUAUACAUGCAGAGAACUGGGCAGUAUACAGAGAAUUGGGCAUUAUUAGAAAAUGAAACAAUAUUAAAUUAAAGUGGCACUGACACUGUCAUUAAAAUUUUCAUUGUCUCAAAAGAAAAAGCUUCUAAAACUGUAAAGUGACUUCGUUUGAAAAAAUUGGUUCACACGGUUUAUUCUUGAGAUAUAUUUAAUUUUGUUUGAAACCUUGUGACGGCAUUUACUCAAUUAUAUAUAUAAAUAUAUCCAUUAUAUAUCAGUAAAUAUUUUCUGUGUUGGUGUAAUGUACUCAGGUGAAUAAGAUGCUUAAUUAUUGUGAUGUUACUCCGAGUGUAUAUCCACAUCGGGCAGGCUUGAAAAAUCCCACCGUGGCCAGGUAUAUUUUUCAAGCCUGCCUGGUGUGGAUAUACACUCGGAGUAACAGGUGGGAAAUUUGUCGUCGCUGACCAAAAAAUUGCGGGCAGAAACAAAGCUCAUUGCAUUUACAUUCAAAACAAAGCAGAAAGUUAGCAAGAAGCUGUUUUAGCUGACGAUUUUUUGCUUUCCAUUCAACGAUUUACAAAAUAUUGGUUAUUCUUUUAAAAGUCGAUCAUGAAUUCUUUGUUUUGGGAUGAUUGUUUUGUAAUCGCGUGAUUGGAAGAAGUUAAUAUGGUGAUGUGAACAUGGGAGUAAAUACCGUAUACGUCGAUCUAUGGCUUGUUUAAAACCGUAAUAAACGAAGAAAGACGUGAUUUGAGAAUGAAAUGUAAGUUGAAAUUAACUUUAUAUGCCUCAAAUUUUCCAUCCUAUGUUUCUUAAUGUAACUUCAGCUGUCUAAGUUCAAAAUACAAGCUCGCGAAAUUUGACAAAUUUUGAAAAUAUGUAAAAAUAGCUUGACUUUGAACUGUAUUUUCUCAAAAAUAGCCUGUGGCCUCAAUUUCAAAUAUAGCCAAAUGAAAAGAAAAAACUUUUCGGCGUUUGUAGGUAUAAAACAUAUCGUCAGGAAAAUAGGGGCUCACAAUCUUUUAGUCCAGUCUCUGAGACCCAGUUGCUUCGCACGUGUUGUGGUCAAAUUUUUGCCAAGAAUCAAAGGCCGAAAUGUGAACUUCCUUCAUCAAAACCGCUUCGAGAAGGGUCUAGUUUGAAAAUUUAGCUAUUAAUUUCGAUUUCAUGAGCAUAUUUUGGUUACACGUUAAGUAUUUUUGUGCUUGAUGAGAUUCAAAAUUUGUUGUAUAUUCAAGCCCGGCUUUUGUGUAAUUUUGGUGAUGACCGGAACACAAAUAAAAAUAUUUUAAAAACUGGCCGUGGCCUCACGAUAAAACUUUCUACAACUGUUCUCUGUUUCAUGUACUUUUAUUUGAUAUCUUAGGUAUAAGCGUAAAAAUAGGGGCUCAUACAGUUUGAGAGGUUGUAAAAUGCAUGACUUGCCUCUAUUUUCAUGUAAACAUUCGAAAUUCUUCGACAGCAAAGUAGCAACUGUUUCAGAUCGAAUGCACACGGACAGCCCACCAGAGACAAUGGCAGGGUACUGAAAUAGAACGUCACUAAAAAAUUCUGUAUGAUUAAUUUAGAUCAUGUCCACUCUUUCAACAUAAAACAGUCAUUUAUUUUGUACAAACAUUUGGCAAUAUUUACACGAUUGUGCCUUUUUGUAAACACGCGUUGCGUGUAUUCCACGCAAUUGCGUGCUCAUUUUACUCGCGCAUGCUCAGACAAAUUUCCCACCUGUUACUCGGAGUAACAUCACAAUAAUUAAGCAUAUCAGUAAAUGUUGUGUAAUUCUUUGAUAUUUGUGACGGAUUUGUUUGUUAAUUCCAUUUGGGAAACGCAUAUCGCUCAAAACAGUGUUCUCGAUUAAUUUAUUUUCGCGAUUUUCAAAAGCUCGUUAUUCAAAGCAGAUUUAUCAAAACGUAUACUGCAUGAUCGACAAACUUUGUACAGCUAUACUAGUUGAUGCGCUAUUUCUAUAAUUCUAUUGAUACGUACUUUAUUACUUGAUCAGGGCAGUUUUAGGACUCCUAUAUAUAAAAUUUAUCGAUUUGAAAAAUAGUCAUAUGUCCUACGAAAAUAUUAAUUAAUUUGAAAUAUAGUUUAUAACUUUGAAAUGUUGUCUUUGAAAAAAAAGUAAUGUAAUUGUUCUAACAACCAAUUUGUGUGGAAUUUUAUGCAAGCACAAUUACAUCAAAAUUUGGUGCAAAUUGCAGUUUGAACUACAACAUCGUUUUGCCACUUAUCAGCUGUUGCCUAAUUAGUAUAUCCUCGGCUAUUGGUUUUUGCUGGGAAUUUCGAAGGUCGAACUUUUAACAUAAUAAAUUUUCGUACAUCGAUCAUGCAUCAAAAUGUUUAAAUGAUCGAAUAAACUAACAUAAUCUUCUGUGAUGACUUUUCUUUUUAGCUUCACAUUGAAGAUAAUAAUAUAUUACGAGACAGUGCAUAUCAAGUCCUAGACAUGUCAGGUCGGGAUGCUUUGUUCAGUUACUCCACCACAAUUGAUCGGCAUCUUUUGAAGAUGGAUCGACUGCUGGAAGCUACAAAAAGGUACCUGUUCAUACAUGGACUUUUAAAAGAUAUGGUACAGUCCAGUCUGCGCAUGCGCACAUAGGAGUCUCUCGCCGUGAUAUAAACACUUUAAUUAUAGGUUUUUAUUUCAUUUUAUGUUCUUGCAAAGCCUAAUUGUUGUAUCUUGAUAAUUUAUUAUACUGCAGUAUAAGCAUGAAAAUAUAAAUAGUUGUCGAUUUAAGUUCAAUAUUUUGAAUACAGAAUUGUAAACAAAGCCUUUACUUGUACAUAAGGACUGUAGGUCCCUACCUUUAACUUUCCAUUAAACUUAGGACAUAUAAAGCUUAAAAGCUAGCAUAGAAAAUCUUUAUUAAUAGAAUGUAAAAAAGCGGAAUAUUAUCCGACUAACUGCAUGUUUUCAUGAUUAUUUUGAAAACGAUAAGAUAUAUUGUGCAUUAAUUUGUAUAGGUCUAAGACUAAAUGCCAGUCCAUGCCGUUCUUAUGCAUGAGUCAAUAUUAACCCCCACCCACCCCUGGGCCCAGGGGAAAGGUGGGGAUUUGUUUUGACCACCUUCCUAAAAUAGGCAAAAGCUCCCAUACCAGAUAACCACUUUCUUCACCCUGCGUAAUUGUAGUUUCCUUUGUAUAUUUUAAUGUGUAUUACCGCACACCGACUUAUAUCUUAUUUGUAAAAAGAAUGAACUACGGAUGACGUGUGACCAAAAUGUACAGUCGAACCUGUAUUAUUAAGAUGGCUCGCGAUCAAUACAAAUAAAAAAGGGGGAAAAUAAUAAAUUAUGUCAAAUUAUUUGAAGGAAAUUAAGUAUUACUUCUCAAUAAUAAAACUGUACAAAAAUUAAAUAAUUUUUAAAAAUUUAUUUAUUAUACUUAGUUUAAUUAGCCUGGUAGCCGACAUUCUCGUAUUAUAUUUUAUACAGGCUUGUCGAUUUGUCUUCAUACUUCGAUGUAAAUGAGCAUCCCUUUAAGAUGUCGCUAUCAUUUGUCGCAACAAGAAUCCUUCGAUCAUCCAAAGAUGACGACAAAUAUGGUAAAGUUUGUGUUGUUCUUAUGCUUAUAUUAUAAGCUUCCACGGGGCAAGAUUAGUAUAACUACCUGAAAAGUCUAAAAACAGUCUACAUUAAUCCCCUGAUCGAUCAAUGCACAGACUUACUGUAAGUGUCAAAACUUAUUGGUUUCAAUUUCAUUAACUAUUUUUAACAGGCGAAAGUAAUUUGGGAUUGAUAUUCUCUGAGGAGAAAAAUUGCGGGAAGACUCUAACGUUACGGCUGAUUGCCAAACUUCAGGGAAUUGCUCAAAGUCGUCACCCACUAGUACUAUCGGGCGGGAAUCAGAACACAUCUGGGUGAGUAUAAUUAAUAUGUAUAAAACGUACUUUAUGAAACACCAUAGUGUUUGACUUCUUGUUGGACACAAGGAGGUAUUAAUGUUUGUACACUUAGUCCCAUUUUUUUCCAACGGAUAAUCAGGUAACCAGGUUGAGAUUUAAAAUCAAGCAGAGUAAGGGAAUUGCGCACACAACAGUUAAAUCACUGUUCCACUUUUUUAUUAUCAAUCUAACAAAUGUUUAUCCUUGCGAAAUGUUUCGUAUUGCUGAGCGUCUCAUAAGUGCAUAUACUCUGAGUAUUAAGUUAAUGUGAACUAUCAGGGUUUUUAUCUUAUUUAUUAGGAAAAUGGUACUGGAGAGUUUGAGCAAAUCGUCCUUGGUAUCCUUACUUGACGAUUCAUUAAUUAAUCAGAAUCUGGGUGAAUUUUUGAACCAGGUGCAGGGUGGUUUGGUGCAAGGUUCAUCAAAAUCUGGUCUUUUGUACCCGAAAGGAAGCUUACUACUUUCCAGCAAUAAAAAAGAAGUACAAAG